AUGACGAGUCUGCUGUGCAUCACAAUUAUCUCCCUGACCCUGGCUGGCAGUGCAUCCAGUCAGCCGACGAGCUAUCCCCUACCACCAACAGUUAUGGUUUUGGCUGAACUAGGUGCUAACGUCACCCUGCCAUGCCGGCUCCAGUCUCAAGAUGCCAUGGCCUUUGGUAACAUUGGUAUGCGAGUCAAAUGGACCAAGGUGGCAGACGAUGAAGCACUAAAUGAGGAUGUGCUGCUUUCAAUGGGAUUCCACAAGAAAACCUACGGAAGCUUCGCAGAACGUGUUUUCUUGAACGAAGACACCAAUGAAGAUGCCUCCUUAACAAUCACAGAGGUCUCAACAGAGGACUCUGGAAAAUACCGCUGUGAGAUCAUCAACGGCGUGGAAGACUUUAUGGAAGAGAUUAUCUUGGAUGUGCAAGGUGGUCUCACUGAUGGUGUUGUGUUCCCGUACUCCCCCAGUGUGGGCCGCUACAACCUGAACUUCGACAAUGCUACACAGGCCUGUCUGGAUCAGAAUGCUUCCGUCGCCACCUUAGAUCAACUGCAUCAGGCCUGGAAGGGCGGCCUGGACUGGUGCAAUGCUGGCUGGUUGAGUGAUGGCACAGUGCAUUAUCCCGUCACCAGACGCAGAGGGCCUUGUGGUGGCAACAAAGGGCCUGGCCUCAUAAGCUAUGGAAAUCAAGACAAACAGUUGGGCCGCUUUGACGUGUUCUGCUUUGCUUCUGCACUCAAGGGGCGUUUCUAUUGGCUUGUCCAGCCCGACAGGCUGACCUUUGACGAGGCUGUGCAGGCAUGCCUAGACGAUGGGGCAGAGAUUGCCAAGGUGGGCCACAUGUAUUCCGCCUGGAAGCUUGAGGGCUUUGAUCGCUGCGAUGCCGGCUGGUUGGCUGACGGAAGUGUCCGCUACCCAAUCUCCAGGCCCCGCAAGAACUGCAGCCCCACAGAUGCUGCAGUGCGCUUUGUUGGAUUCCCAGACCAGAUGCAAAAGUCUUACGGCGUCUACUGCUACAAGGCUGAGUAG